UAACGUCAUCCAUGAGUUGCCAACUACCCAAAAAAUAUGUUUUCGUUCAGUAACUUGAGCCUAUUACUCGCCAUCUCUUCUCCGUCUGUUCAGUGCGUGUUCUGUGCUUCCCCAUUACCCUAGGCCUUUUCACAAUGGCAUUACUCAUGAAGCAGAGGGCACUAUGGGCAUCCCUAUCCAGAGGACCUGUCAUCUCCCGCUGCCUCGGGUCCUCCAGCAUCCAGGGACAAGUGGCAGCAUCUCUUGAGGACGAAAUAAAAGCUGCCAAACCGCUUUCGGAAAUGCCUGGCCCAAAGACAUUUCCUGUGAUUGGCUCUUUACCUGAUAUAUUGGCUGAUUUCGACCCCAAAGCGUUUCACAAGUACUACCUCAAAGCAAACGCCACGUACGGACCAACCUUCCGCCUCGUUGUGCCUGGCUUCGGACCCAUGAUAUUAACGACCCACCCGGACGACUGCGAGAAGCUCCUACGCCUUACCAUGAACAACCCCGUUCGCACGCCCAUUGCUUCCCUGAAGGCGGUGAGAGAUCGAGCCAUCGACGACUUCUUCGAGAAAAAGGGCGGGAUAUUGGUCGAAAACGGAGACGAGUGGUGGCGAGUGAGGAGCAGGGUCCAGACCCCUAUGAUGAAACCUAAGGUCGUGGGAACUUAUCUUCAACAAAUGGAUCAAGUUUCUGUUGAAUUUAUGGACAGGAUUGCGGAGUUGCAGGCAAAGCACGGGGAAAUGCCGAGCGACUUCCAAUUUGAAAUGUAUAAAUGGGCACUUGAAUCCGUUGGCUUGGUGGCACUGAAUCGACGCCUAGGCUGUCUUAAUCCUAGCAUCCAUGAAGAUUCGGAUGCUCUAAGGCUGAUUGCGAUCGUCAAUGACAUAUUCCAAGCACUGAACGAUACUGAAUUAUCCAUGGGGUUGUGGAAGCUUUUCCCAAUUCCAUCGUACAAUAAGCUGAGAAAGAGACAUGAACAAUUCUUAGAGAUUGCGGUUCGUAGCAUGCAGCAGACAGAGGCCGCUAUUCUGGCGCAGGAUCCCGACAGUGAGCAUGAAGUUUCCUUGAUGGAAUCCCUUCUGAUGACAGAAGGGCUAACAAAGAAAGAUGUGGUCACACUGAUCCUGGAUAUGCUGUUUGCAGGCAUCGAUACGACCUCCCACACACUUGGCUUUACUCUGUAUCUGUUGGCACGCAACCCCGACGCUCAAGCCAAGUUACAGGCGGAGGUCGACUCAGUCCUUGGGGAUCACGAGGGACCCCUCCUACCCAAACACAUGGCACAGUUCUCAUACAUAAAGGGUGUGAUUAAAGAGACUUUAAGAAUGUAUCCAUUGACGCUUGGUGUGGGAAGGAUUGUAGAAAAAGAGUGCGUGCUUUCAGGAUAUGCCAUUCCAAAGGGGGCCACAGCAGUAGCUUUAACCAUGGUCUCGGGCUGGGAUGAACAAUAUUUCCCACGAGCCAAAGAGUUCGUCCCAGACAGAUGGUUACGUAGUCGACCGCUGGGUCCUAUUCACCCUUAUGCCUCCCUGCCCUUUGGCGCCGGAACCAGGAUGUGCAUCGGAAGGCGGAUCGCGGAGCAGGAGAUGUACACCUUCUUGGCGAGGAUUAUGCAGCGCUUCACAGUAGAUUACAAGUACAAGGACAUGGACGUACUUACUCGCCUCGUGUUCAUGCCUUCGGAACCUCUCAAGUUUAGCUUCACUGAACGCAAGAAAUAAUGUUCUUUAGAAUAGCGUUCUUCAAAGUACGGGUCGCGGCACUGAACUGUACUGGGUCACAAGCUCAUGCUCAUAUAUAUUUAUAGAUAGAUUGUGUGUGUGUGUGUGUGUGUGUGUGUGUGUGUAUGUGUGUGUGUGCGCGUGUGUGUGAGUGUGUGUGUAUAUGUGAGUGUGUGUGUGUGUGUGU